AGACAAACAUACAAAAUGGCUCAAGAAGGAAAUGGACAAAAACCAGCAGUAGGGGAAAAUAACAACAUUACUAAGCCUAUGGAUUAUUGUAAAUGGGUGAUGCCAUUGUUGAGGUUAUUGGCAUUUGGUGCAACAAUUUCAGCGACAUUGGUUAUGGCACUUAAUAAGCAAGAGAAAACUUUUGUUGUUGCCACUAUUGGUACCAAUACUAUUCAAGCCACCCUCAAGGCUAAGUUCCAGCACACUCCAGCUUUUGUGUUCUUUGUGGUAGCAAACGGAUUAUGCAGUCUCCAUAACUUGCUGAUGUUAGCAUCUUGUUUUGUUGGAAGCAAAUAUGAUUACAAGGGACUGCGUUUUUAUGUGAUUGGAAUCCUAGACAUGAUAUAUGUGGCAUUAGUCUCUGGUGGGGCAACUGCAGCAGCUUUUAUGGGGCAGCUUGGUAGAGAUGGGAACUCUCAUGCAAGAUGGAAUAAAAUUUGUGACAACUUUGAUACAUUUUGUAGCCAUGGUGAAGGAGCUAUUAUUGCUUCUUUCAUUGGUUUGCUCCUUAUGAUCAUUAUAACUGCCAUUAAUAUAAUUCAGCUUAAGAAAGUCCAAAAUUCUGGCAAUUAUGCCAUUAUUCCUUAAUCACGAAACUAUUUGUAUCACUUCAUAAAAAUCCCUGUAUGGUUUUCGAGUGUUGUACCUAAUUGUGUUUCGCUUUUCCGGCCUCUUAAUGCAUUUGCUUGUACCAUUAUAAUGAUGUUUUUAAUGAAGUUUUUCAUAUUGGCUUUUAUCACAUCAA